AUGAGUGAAGAUGGAAUUCCAAGAGUUUCAGUUUCAAAUUUAAAAAAAAAAUUCCAAGCAUCAAACAAUAAUAACAAUAAUGGUGAAUCUACUCAAAGAAUUUCAGGUGUUGUAGCAAAGUCAAAAGAUCCAUCCUCUUUUUCACUAUCAUCAUCAUUAAAGAAAAGACCUACAGAAAAUACAGCUAGUUUUUUAAGUUCAUCAUUAUCAUCAUCAUCAUCAAUAUUGUCAGCUGAUGAUUUAAUUAAAAAAAAUAGAAGAAAAUCUUUUGGUGAGUCAAAAGAAAAAGAAGAAAAAGAAAAAGAAAAAGAAAAAGAAAAAGAAAAAGAAAAAGAAAAAGAAAAAGAAAAAUCAUCAUCAUCCACAACAACAACAACAACAACAACAACAAGUAAAUUAAAACCAAAAUCAACUUUAACAUCUUCAUCAUCAUCUUCUUCACAUAUAGCAACAUAUUCUGAACCAUUAAAAGAUCAUUCUUCAGAACCAAAAGAAAAGGAAAAAGAGAAAGAGAAAGAAAAAGAAAAAGAAAAUAAAGAUAAAAGUAAUUCAACUUUAACACCAACAAAUGUUGUUAAAAAAUUAAAGAGAAAAUCAAUUGAAAGUGGUAACAUUUUCCAAUUUGACCAAGCAAAAGAAUCUUUAUCUACAUCAUCAUCAUCAUCAUCAGGCACAACAGCUACUUCAACUACAACUACAACAACAUCAUCAUCAUCAUCAAUUAGUAAAGAUAAAGAACCAAAAGAAUCAAAUAAAAAGAAAUUAAAAGUUAGUGUUCAGUCAUCUCAAACAGAGGAAAAUGAAAAUGAAAAUGAAAAUCAGCUUGAAGAACAACCAGAGGAAAAAUCAUCAAAAAAAAAAGUUUCAAAAACAUCAUCAUUAGAAUCAACAGGUGAAAAGAAAAAGAAAAGAUCAUCCACUUCAGGUACAUCUAAAAAAUCAUCAACUUUUGAUUCAAUUAAAUCAAUUUUGGAUGACGACGAUGAAAAUGAUUUUGAUUAUGAAAAAGAUGAUAAUGGUAAUGGUGAAAAAGUAAAAGAAAAAGAAAAAAAGAAAAAGAAAAAGAAAUCAUCAUCUAAAAAAGUUUCAACUUUUGAAGAGGGAGAAGGAAUGGUAGUUGAACAACAACAACAACAACAACAACAACAACAACAACAACCAAUAUUUGAUGGAUCAUCAAGUGUUAUUGGUACAACAUCAAAUGUUAUUAAUAAACAAUCAAAAGCUUAUCCAAAAACUCCAUUACCAAAUAAAUCAAAGAGAUCAACAACAACACAAUAUGAUAAUGAUUUUGAAGAUGAAACUAUUAAUAACUUUAUGAGUAGUGUAAAUAGUUCUAAAAUGUAUUUUACACCAAAGGCAACAUUUGGACAACCACCAACACCAUCAUCUUCAGGUACCAACUACCAAAAUAGAACCAAUGUUAGUAUUCAUAAUUAUCCAAAUAGUCCAAUAUCAUUUGAAUCUGAGCAACAACAACACCACCACCAACAACAACAUGGCUUUGAAUAUUCUGAUUCUCCAGUAUCAAUUCCAAAUAUCUCUUAUAUCACACCAAGUGAACGUGAUAUUUCAUUCGAUACUGAUCAUCAAGCUGCUGAUUUCCUUGAGGAUGAAUUUGUUGAUCAAGAAGAGGAUUUCUUUGAUGACGAUGAUGAAGAGUUACAAUACGUUCAACAACAAACCCAACAAAGAAGAAAAGAAUUAAAACAACAACAACAUAAACAAUUAAAAGAACAACAAAAGAGACAUAAACAACAAAUUAUCUCUCAAUCAAAAGCUGGUGCUGUUAUUUCUUCUGAUAAUGGUGAAUCAAAGGCUAAAUUUGUUUUAUUGAUUAUUACUUUUGCCAUUUGGAUUGGUCUUUUAAUUGUACUUGCUCAAUUCUUUUAUCAUUAUAAUGAUAUAAAGUAUUGUGACACAGGUGCUGUUCCAAAGAAAAUCAAUGAUACAACAUUUAGUUGUGUACCAUGUCCAGAUAAAGGUGUUUGUAUGAAUGGUAUAUUUGAAAAUUGUAUGGAUGGAUAUGUUAUUAGAAAUGGUGAAUGCAUAUUAAAUCCAAGUAAAGUUGAAUCAUUAGUUCAAAUCAUUAAUCAAAUUAGUCAAAUUCUCAGGGAUAGAAAAGGUUUAUUCGAAUGUGGUUCAAAGGAUACUUUCUUAAUGACCAAUGAAGAAUUAAAGAAAGAAAUUGCCAAAAGAAAUUGGUUUUCAAAGGACCAAGCAAUUGAAUCUUUUGAUACAAUCAUUCAAUUCAUUGAUAAUCGUAAAGAUUCUGAAGAAAUUGGUUUAGAUCAUAAAUUAUUAUCUUCAAUUGGUUACACUUUUGAAGAUAAUCAAUUUAAAUAUUAUUCAAAUGAUUCUGGUAUUAGACCAUUAUGGUGUCAAACAAUAUUUUUCUUUAAAAAUUUAAUUAAAAAUAAUUUACAUUUUAUUGGAAUUUUUGUAAUUGGAUUUUUAGGAUUUAAACUUGUACAAAUUAGAAAAAAAAAUAAACAAGAGGAAUUAUUAGCAAUUGAACAUAAUUGUAAGAAAUCACUUAAAAUCCUUCAACAAAGAACACAAUUUGAAGAUCCAUGGAUUUCUGAAUUAAUCUUAAAGGAUGAAGUUAUGGGUUCAAAUAAUGAUAAGAAAUCAAAUUUAAUUUGGGAGAAAACAUUGGAGAAAAUCUCUUCAAAUGUUAGAGUAUUAUGCACUGUUAAGUUAAUUCAUGGUGAAUCUCAAAAAACUUUAGAAUGGACUGACUCAAACCAAACUCCAAGAAGGGCUUCAAUUUCUUCUCCAAUUAAUUAUGAUGAUGAUGAACUCAAUAAUAAUUCUUUUGAAAAUUAA